CAAUCCGUUCACCUCCAUUCACAGUAAAUAGAAGCAUGGAGGCUUGACUCUCGGGAUCUAACGUCGAACAGCGGGGGGUAAAGACGCUGCCGCAUGCGCUGUGGGUGAAACUACACCGCCGGGAGAAAACAGGAGCGCAAUAAGCGCAUUGUCAUUUAUAAUUUAGUCAUUUUAGGAAAAAGGAGGAGUGUAUUUGGGGAGCGGAGAGGAGCAUGAAGCGGAUGGCCGUGGUGGCCAGGCACAAUGGCCUCGUCUCUCCUUUGGGGAACAACAACUCCGGGGCUUCGAGCAUCGUCUCCCCACCCCAAGCGAAAGCCACGAAUGUCUCCGCCUGUGCUGACACUCCAGCCGGGGGUGGGAUGGACGGCCUGUUGGAUUUCUCCAAAGGCCCCACCGUGAAAACCGAGCUGGUGUGCAAAUGGACUGAGCGAACUUCUUCGAAGCCGAGGCUCGGGCGGACGGCGACGUCCGUCUGCGAGCAAACUUUCAGCUCCAUGCCCGAGCUCGUGGACCACGUCACCAGCGAGCACGUCGCGGCGGGGCUCGAGAGCCUCAGUCACGUCUGCAUGUGGGACGAGUGUCUGCGCGGCGGGAAGGCGUUCAAAGCCAAAUACAAACUCAUCAACCACAUCCGCGUGCACACGGGGGAGAAGCCCUUCUCGUGCGCGUUUCCCAACUGCGGCAAGAUGUUCGCACGCUCCGAGAACCUUAAGAUCCACACGCGCACGCACACGGGUGAGAAGCCAUUCCAGUGUGAGUUUUGUGAGAGGCGCUUCGCUAACAGCAGCGACAGGAAGAAGCACUCGCAGGUCCACACCGCUUCAAAGCCCUACGACUGCAAGGCUCUGGGCUGCACCAAGUCUUACACCCACCCCAGCUCCCUGCGCAAGCACAUGAAGAUCCACGUCAAGUCGUCGCCUACCUCUGACCACCAGGACUUGUACAGCUUUGGCCAUCACCACCUCCAGCAGCCUGUCCUCGAACCCCUCGACCUGAAAAUGAACCACUUCACUUCGUCGCUUGCCAACAGGAGUUCUCAUUUCCCACUGUUGACCACUCACCAGUUAGAUCUCAGCCCUAGCAACGACGUAAGCGGUAAGGUGUUGCUGCGGAGUUCGUCCCCGGUGGCCAUGCCUCUGGAUCUCUCUCUGUCGAGCCUCAAGAGUCAGCUGAGCCAGAAGCAGCAGAGCUCCAGGACCCCCCGGCGGAGCCAGCGCUCGGUGAACCCGGCCUUAACUCAGCUGUCAAACAUUAAGGAGUGGUACGUUUGCACGAGGACUACAGCGCCACACUUUCCACUUCUUCACCCAGACCACAUCAAGACAGAACGCAGCGACGAGGACGACUACGUCACGUAGGGCGCGGGCGAUGGUUGCUUCAGACAGAACAAGCAGCUAUUUGCUCCUUCAUCAGUGGCUCCUGGCCAAGACUUUCAUCAAACAUCAAGACAGUUAUUGUUUCACUAAACAACCCAUCUCUGAGAUAUGUGGACGAAUGUGGCGUCCAAAGCAACGGCAGAAAGGUCACCAUGAGAUUCUGAAACAAAGUUUUACAGCUAAUACAGUGGUUUUGUUAAAUCAAGAGUACCCAAGGAUGUUGCUUCCUAGAACUAUUUGAACAGGGUGUCUGAACUUCAGAACCAGUCUAAGGGCUGUGUUGUGUGAAGCAGUUUCAAGGGCUAAAGCGACACGAUGAAACAAGCCAACAGGCGGCUCGGCGUGUUCAAACAGCCGGCUUACAAAGUGCAGGGCUGUCAGAGCUGUCGAGGGUUUGGUAUUCUUCAAACAAGCUGGUAGAGGUUUGGUUUGUUUGCUAUAAUAGUUGGAACCAGCUGGUCCUGCUGCCAGCUGGGAUUUCUUCGACAUGUUAGAAGAGUCGACGAGCACUUUGUUUGAAGCAAACUGAGGCCUUUAGUAACAAAGAAUGAGUGGAAACCUGGUCAAAGUGUUACUCUGAGCACUACUACACUGUGGCAAGUGGUGUGGCUGCAGUUUGCCUAAGAAUUCAAUGCAUUCAGUACAAAUUCCCUUUCCUGUAGUAGAAAAAUUCAACAUCGACAUGAGCUUGUCAGAAAAGGACAUCAGCACAUCAUCUUUUAACAGAAUUAAUAACUUUCUUUAGCUCUCGGCUUGAACAGCUUGAUAAGUUACAGCAAAUCAGGCAUAUUGAUGGAGUCGACAUCCAAGGUAAUGCUGCAUAAGAACACGGAUGUUGUUCUGCGCUAAAUGUAUUGUCUGUUAAAGCUGCAGUAUGUAACUUUUGUUGAAACGUUUCACUGUAACAUGACAGUUUGUUAUGAGACACAAAACUUGAGCUCUUCUGCCCUCUCUCAGUGCUUUCUAGAUACAACCACUCAGUCAGGAGGCGGGUCUUAGUGCUGUCAAUCAUCCUCCUUGUGUUGCUGCUUAACCCCGCCCCUCACUCCCUCUUUGCUCUUUGCUCGGCUGUAGCUUCUUCCUGAUAGCAGAUCCUGCUGUGAAUGCUAAGGCUAGUUAGCAUGGCCACAGAUGACGGCAGAUAAACGUUUUUUCUGUAACAGUAAGUUGUUUCUCUGCCAAUAGCACAUUGAGCAGCGAGUACAUGAAGAUGAUUGACAGCAGUUAGACCCUCCUCCUGGCUCUGAUUGAUCUGUUUUUGGUCAGAGGAAUGCAUUUCUUCAGAGAACAUUAACAGCUCCGGGAGGAGGUGUAGGGUAUUGACUUUUUUGCAGAUUAUCUGUCUCAUAUUAUGCUGUAAUGACAUAGUGACAGUUUUAACAAAUAUGUAAACAAACAUUUUUUUUUCCUUAAAGGUACAAACUGUUAGUGAAAAACACCAAGUUAUUCACUAACAUGGUGCUACAUCCCUCUGAUUCGCCCACAUGAUCAGUUUGAGUUGUUCUAAAUGGCUAACUUAAGCUAACCAGUUGUUAGCCUUUCAUCACUCGCAAGGUGUAUUUCCAAGAAGCUCAUGGUCAAAUGACAUUUUCGUAAAAAAAUAAAACCAAAUAUUUUUGACAGUACCUCCACAAAACUUCACUUCAGAAAAUCCAAUCUUCAGGUCCUACCAGUGGCUCAGCGAUCUGUGUCUGGUCACGUUCCAGUUUACAGCUCAGGAUUUCCAAAAUGGCCACCAAUCUAACACACAGGUGACUGCAUUAGAUAAAGUAGAAGGAAUAAUGAACUGGUGGAGAGAUAUUAAUUUUCUAUAUGUGGAAGUGUGGUCAUUCUUAAUUGUGAGUGGCCAGGGGUCUAUUUACUUUCUGUUGCUCCAACUUAACUUCUAGCGAAAUGAGUGCACUUACUUCUCCUGGAGGACGUUCACUUAAUUUUACUUGGUAGCAAAACGAAAAGAAAAAAACCCCCAUCAGAUUAUGAAAUAAAAUCAAGGAAUCCCUCAAUGUUGUAGAAAAAAUGUAGAGUCAUCCUUUUAUUUGCUGUUCUACAAAAAUACCAGUGCAGACCGAACUCUGAAAAUGAGUCUGCAUAUCAACCUGAGGAGUCAUCAUGUUCCUGGUUGAUUCACAAAAAAACAUGUCCUCAGAAAAUCAAAGCUGAAAUAGCUAAAUAUAGCAGCUGGGAUUAAUAAUAAUAACAGCUGAAAUAAUUCCUAAUACUCUCAGUCUAACAUUUGGACUCAGGACAAACCAGAUAUGAAGGUUAUAAAGGUUGAAAAUUAAAACAUCUGGAAAGAAAACUCAAAGUAAUAUGCCUUGGAAUGAAACCAGGUACAACAGAAGAAAUAAAAGGACAAGUGAUGAGAAACAAAAGUCGGUGUUGGGGAAGUAAACAGUGGUAAAUUAACUGAAGUAAGUGGGAUUCAUAGAUAAGAACAGUCUAAUUUUGGAUCUCACCUUGAAUCUGUGAUCUAUACACAUGUGUCUUCUACAUCUCACCAUCAUCUGAUGGUGUUGUUGAUGCACAGUUGAGGGGGUCAAAGUUGAUCCAUUACUGAUCAAUCUUGGGAGGUAGUCAGAGCUGUAAGGACUUUGGGUUAAAAGCAUAACUUUAACAAAUUGUUUCCUCACAAACCUUCUCUGUCAUAAAUCGCCAAACAAGCAACAAUGUUUAAGCAACAGUAUUGCAGUGAAAUAUUUUUAAUAUGCGGCAGUUGAAGAUGAAAAGAAUUGAUUGUUGAGUCCUGAAUCUGCUCUGAAAAAAAAAAAAAGCUAGAACAUUUGUUUGGUAUCUUGUCCUAAUGAAACAAUAACUGCCUUAAGAAAAGAAGUAUAUUUCCAGUUACUGGUGAUGGGGGGUCCCUAAAGGAACAGGACAGAUUCCAGUAAAUGCACUAACCAAUGCAAUAAAUGCACAGGAGGAUCUCAACGUUUUGGACCCUUUGUUCAUUCUACCAAUCAAACGUAGAGGACGUUUGGAGAUGAUGAAGUCAGUUUUCAGAGGAUGAUAAUCCAUCCAGGAAGGCAGAUCAACUCAAUGCUCUUAAUCCAAUUUGAUCCAUUCCUUGGAUUCAAUUCCUCCUAAAAGUCAAGCUGUUAGAGGUGGAACAAUGUUCACAAUAUUGAGGGAUUCCAUCAUUUCUGUAGAAAAAUAUGUGCCAUUAACAAUAACAGUAUCAUUUCAUGUUCUGAGUUCUGUUUCCCAAAGCCAAACUUUAAGCUGUCCAACCUCUGGCUUUGGGUCAUAUCAGUAGUUUUGGAUCAAGUAUCCUCCAGGAAUUGUACCUCCAUGUUGCUCCAAAGAGUAUAAUGUUUCAAACGCUCAGCUUGGCAUUUAGAACCGACUGGAUGUGUUGAUGUUACAGACUAGCACUUCCAUAUGUUUCCCAGACUGAACUGGGAUUAUGGCUCGGACCUACCAGAGUUUCUUUCUCAGUUUUCAGACGCUUUCUUGUUUUAUCUGAGAUGUUCCUGCUCAGGCAGUCAGAUGUUCAUGGGACUGGCUCUUCUGUCCCCAGUAAAUGUGUUGCUAAAGUUAAGGAAGUGGCUGAAAUGAAUGAUGGGUAAAUUCCAGCGAAGUGAACCUGCCGUAUAGAACAAUCCUUCCGAUCAUUAGACCACUCUCAACUCCAGUCAUUGUACGACAAAAAAAAUGAAAGAAAUAGAAUAAAGACAAACAAUUGGACUUUAAAAAGUUGAAUCCUGUUGCUGACAAAUGUUUUUAUUUUAUAAACAUUUAUUGUCUUUUUUUAUGUUAAUGUCUUCUGUUUUCUUAAAUGGCUCCUGGAUUCAGCCUAUGUAUGCAUUUUUUUUUAAUGGUAGACUGGAGAGGUUUGUUCUGUAUUUAGAUGGAUAGCAUCCGGAGUGACUUGGUCAGCCCUGGCCCUGAUGACGUUGCAGAUGUUUUGCAGCUCUUCUUGAAAAUGGACAAAGGUAACAAACACGAGUGAAACAAAGACAGUCUCUGGUGAUAUUCUUCUCUGUCCUUUAUUAUCAUUCUCAGCACAUUCACUUUGAAAUAAAUUCAAGCAGAAAACA